GCGCGACAUCAUCGACAUCAGCUAGUAAAUCAUUUUUCAACAUCAAUCAGAGAAUGUAUCGCAAGCUGUGCCCACCCUGAGCUGGAUCACCCCACAGGCAGCAAGAAGUACGUAGCAUGGACGUGCUGGCUCAUCGAGUUGUGAAACCAAGUAGCCGUCUUCACUCUUCACCCCUUACUCUCCUCCCCUCGCCUUCCAUCCUUCGUUCUUUCUUUUCGAGUUGUGCUCGGUCACAACUUCUUUCGUCUCAUUCUCGUUCUUUUGAAUCCACGAUCAGAGAUCAUGGUCAACGCUCUUUCGUUACGUUUGCUGGCCCUCUUGCCUUUCGUCACUCUCUCCGUCCUCGCGGAAAAUGACUGGAAAACUCCUUGCUUGAACGGCGUUUGUCAGUACUCCUUUAGCGGAGAUAAUAACUCGGGUACUGUCAAAAUCUGGGGUUCACCAGAUGCCAUUACUGAUAUUACGCCUGCUGCUGGUUGGGAAAUCGUGGACUGCUCUCCUGAUGCUUUGGCUCAGGAUAUUCGACUUGUGUGUCAGGGUGACGAGGACUCUGAAUCUGGAUGUGCACAUCUUUACCAGACCAUCGGAGCUGAGGGGAAGGUUGUCCGACUUCCGGAGAACUGCGGAAAGAGCGCUUUCGCCCGCAUCUCCAAAUCAUGGGUGCCAGAAGAUCAGUCUAUACCUACAAAUCUCGCGAAGCGCCUCGUCAGAAGAGAUGGUGCCUCACCUGUCGUGAAGGCCCUGCGUAUAGACACCGAUUUCGGUGCAUCCGACAAGUGGAAGAAAGUUGGACCAGUCAAUAUCGCUAUCCAAGGAGCCAAUUUCGCUGGGGUAGAUGUCCGAGACAUCAUGAAAACAACCGGACCUCAACGUCGCGCCCAUCUUUCUCGACGCGAUACCAACGAAUUCCUUGGUGGCGUCAUCGGAGCUAUUAAGAAGAAAGCAGGUGAAGUCAUAGACACUGCCAAGGAUACAGCUGGUAAGGUCGUGGAUAAGGCAGGCGAGGUUGUAGAGAAAGUCGCAGAUAAGGCAGGCGAAGUUGUAAAUAAGGUUGAAGAUAAGGCAGGAGAGGUUCUGGACAAGGCCAAAGAAAAGGCGGGGCAGGUUCUGGACAAGGUGAAGAAUGUCGAUGUCAACAAGACUGUCGACCUCGCUCCCUUCAGCUUGACCAAGAGCGCAAAUCUCCUCAACGCGAGGGUUUCCUGCCCACCUCUUGACGCUGGUGUGAAAGUCGACAUCAACAGCAAAGGUAACGCACAGGUCAGUCUCGGUGUCGCUGCUAUUGGAAGCUUGGUACCCCCCAAGUUCGACAGAUUCCAGCUCUUUUCAGGUCUCGAUAUGGACCUUGACGGUACCUUGACUAUCCAGGCGGACGCAUCGGGAAGCAUCGAUUCAGGAGGUAUCACGAUAUUCGAAGCUGGUAUUCCUGGACUUGAUAUUCCUGGCAUCCUCUCCAUAGGUCCUACUUUCUCAAUAGUGGCUCAGGCCUCAGCAGAUCUUAAUGUCAAUCUGGACAUGACUGUCGGAUUCAACUAUCAAGUCAAAAACGCUUCACUUCUUUUCCCUGACAAUGACAAGAAGUCAGGUGGAGGUUUUCAGAUUGGUGAUACCCCUUUGAACCUUUCCACAGCUAUAGACGCUCAAGCCAACGGAGUUGUACAGGCCCAUCUCAUUCCCGCAAUCAAAUUUGGAAUCGAGGCCUUAAAAAUCGCCAAAGCCCAAAUUUUCCUCAACCUCGAUGCCAGUGCGACGUUGGACAUGAACGUUAACACUUCAGCAGAGAAGACCCAAAGUACGAAUGCUACCAAGACCGCUGGUGGAUGUGUCGAUAUGAGUGCUGGUCUCGACGUCGACGCUGGUGCAACGGGAAAGUUGUUCUCGCUCUUCGAUGCGAGUACUCAGGUAUCUUUGUUUACCAAGAAGUUCCCGCUUUUCAACAAAUGCUUUGGAAACCAAGGAACCUCUGCUGAAACUGCAGAGGACGGUGACACGACCACAGAAAACGACACCACGACAGAGGACGACACUACUGCAGAAGACGACACUACCACGGAAGGCGACACUACCACAGAAGACGACACUACCACAGAAGACAACACUACCACUGAAGGCGACAGUACGACAGAGGAAACCGCUGCCGAAGAUGGUGAAACCGGCACCACAGAAGACGAGACCACCGCUGAAGCCGAAGACGAGACUACUCCAGAUGGUGAAACCACCACCACAGAAGGCGAGACCACCGCAGAGGGCAAAACCGCCGACUCGGCUCCCGUUCGUCGUCGCUCGAGGAUCAUGGGCAGACAAGGGUUCCCCGCUAGUACUCCUGCAGCACCAGCUCCAAAGAAACAAGGAGCUGCCAGUGCGCCGUCUCAGGCUCUCCAAUGUCUUUUGAACAGCAUCAAGCCGACUGUCUUGACCACAGGCACGAUCAGUAAAGCUUUAAUCAAGGCAGUGUGAGUUGACGAGAGCUGUAAUAUACUACUGUUCUUCAUAGGUCGUUACAAGAGUGUAAUAAGUAGAACGAGAUGAACGAGACCCAUUCUUCCUA